GAGGGGGCGGUGCCCGGCCCCGCUCGCGUGGGUCAGGUGGCCUGAGCCUAUAUGAGCCGCCGCGGGCGCUGAGGGAAGGGGGUGGCUGUGGGCAAGGAGCGGCGGGCGGUAUGGCUGCGCUGCCCGAGGAGGUGGAGGAGAAGAGGAAGGUGAGGGCUGUGUCUGUGGAUCUGAAUAUUGAUCCUUCCCUCCAAAUUGACAUCCCGGAUGCCCUGAGUGAAAAAGACAAAGUAAAGUUCACUGUACAUACUAAGACUACACUGCCAGCUUUUCAAAGCCCAGAGUUUUCAGUUACGAGGCAGCAUGAAGACUUUGUGUGGCUACAUGAUACGCUUACUGAAACUGAAGAGUAUGCAGGAUUUAUUAUACCUCCAGCGCCUUCAAAGCCUGACUUUGAUGGUCCCAGAGAGAAGAUGCAGAAACUUGGGGAAGGAGAAGUUUCUAUGACAAAAGAGGAAUUUGCAAAAAUGAAGCAAGAACUAGAAGCUGAAUACCUUGCUGUCUUUAAGAAGACUGUGUCAUCACAUGAAGUUUUCCUUCAGCGACUUUCUUCUCAUCCUGUGCUCAACAAAGAUCGCAACUUCCAUGUUUUCCUAGAGUAUGACCAGGAUCUAAGUGUUCGGAGAAAAAAUACUAAAGAAAUGUUUGGUGGCUUUUUAAAAAGCAUGGUGAAGAGUGCUGAUGAAGUCCUCUUCUCUGGAGUGAAGGAGGUGGAUGACUUCUUUGAGCAAGAGAAGACUUUCCUCGUAAACUAUUACAACAGAAUCAAAGAUGCAUGCGCAAAGGCAGAUAAGAUGACAAGAUCACAUAAAAAUGUUGCAGAUGACUACAUCAGCACUUCAGCUUGCUUGAACAGCUUGGCUUUAGAAGAGCCCACAGUCACUAAAAAGUACUUGUUGAAAGUUGCUGAGCUCUUUGAAAAACUCAGGAAGGUAGAGAGUCGUGUGUCAUCAGAUGAAGACUUAAAGCUGUCUGAACUGUUACGAUACUACAUGCUCAACAUAGAAGCAGCAAAGGCUCUCCUAUACAGACGUACCCGGAGUCUUGCGGACUAUGAAAAUUCAAACAAAGCCCUGGACAAAGCUAGAUUGAAAAGCAAAGAUGUCAGACUGGCAGAAGCACACCAGCAAGACUGCUGUCAGAAGUUUGAAAAGCUUUCCGAGUCUGCAAAGGAAGAACUGAUCAGCUUCAAGCGGAAGAGAAUAGCAGCCUUUCGUAAAAAUCUAAUUGAAAUGGCUGAGCUGGAAAUCAAGCACGCAAAGAACAGUGUCUCUCUCCUGCAAAGCUGCAUUGACUUGUUCAAGAACAACUAAGGCGCCUUAAUCGGAAAGAAUGUGAAAAAACAGCAUGGGUUGCACUUCACAGCCAUGGGAAAAUUUAUAUUUAGCUCGACUUCAUUAGGUUAAAAUAUAUAAAGACAUUGGCUCAAACAUUUUGUUUGACUAAUACUUAACCAUGUUGAUGCCGAUCGUAUUGGUUUCCAUGGUAUAAAUGAAAGCUGAAUUGCAUAUGAAUUACUUGGAUGUAGCCAAUUUCCUGUUGAGAGUUAGUUAAUAUCCCAAGAUAGGCAAAAAGUACAAGUACUAAAUUCCAGAAUGUUGACCAGUUUUCUAAUGAUAAAAAGAGGCAAUUCUCUCCAAGUGUGAAUGAAAUUUAGGUGGUAUUGCAAUCUUUCUGUCUAGCCUAAAUUAUAUGUUAAAGAAGUUCAUAUUUGGGAGGGUCUUGUGUACAUUCUUAAGCAAUUUUAUAAGGUAAAAUACAUUCCACUUCAUACACAGAUUUCUACUACAGUGUAUUUUGGAUUUCUAUGAUUACAUUCAGUAUUUGUAAACUCAGCAAUACAGCAAAAAUAAAGAUGUCUAAUACUAUGAAGUGUUUCUAUAAACUAAAUGGCCUUGUAUAAUCUGUAUAUGGGAUUUAAAGCCCCAAGCAGUUUAGAGGAAGAUGGUUUUCGUAUCAUGAAAACCUGUUACACACUGAAUAUCUAACUUGAAUGGUUGUUGCAAUUAAAGGCAAAAACAAGACUGAAGUUGAUACAG